GCCCGGGAUUAAGUUGAACUUGUUCCAAACAAGUUGCUUCUCUCUUUUGUCUCUUGAGGCCCAAUGCCCCAGAAUUACAGAAGAGUUCCUGCCAAUUCUCUACCAUCACGUCUAUUAACUAAAUGCGCGCGCGGCGAUAUAAGCGUUCAAUAUAUCACGCACCUCGACAGAAUGCCAAUUGGAAAGAAGAGGAGAAUAUUCUUCCUUCGUCUCUUACUGGCCAUCACUCUCGGAACUAUUAUCCUCUACCGCCUUUGCUCCUCCGACGCAUACUACAUGCCCCUCCCAGGUUUGCUCGGAGAAUUCAUACCUCGACGCGGCCCUCCCCGAAAUUCAUGGACAGACACCACCUGGAACUAUCUUAUCGAUAACUUUCUCUGGACUUACGUCGUCCCCGAUCUGCGCCGCUUUUUCUUUGGUCACGUCUGGCUACGCGCUCGGUAUGGCUUCCGGGACGUCGAGAUUGUAUUCCGCAAGUCGACAACGAGGACGAGACGUGCCAUCUUUGGGAACAAACGAAACAAACGGGUGCAUGAGAAGGCAUUAAUGCGUGCCAUUCAUCCGUUGAUGUUAAGCACUACAGUUGGUUCGGAGACGGGGUGGGAUUGCUGGAAGGUGGAUUACGCACCAGUGUUUGGAGCGUACGAGCUCGUUGAAAAGGGCAGGAUCCCUAUCAGGGCGUGGGAUGUGAGCCUUUGGGCUAGAACUUCCGAUGGUGAAUGGGCUGUAUGGCAAGUAUGGAGAGACAAAUGACGGCAUUUCUACUCAACUACACAAGCCAAUCCCACUAGCAUCGAUCUAGAACUCUAGACCUCCUGCAGAUUCUCAGAAACAAUCUCUUGGACGUGACAUGCACGUUCUAUAGCCUAUCUGUUCGGUUUAAUUUACUCUCCCAUGUAUAUCAUAGCAAAUAUUGUCCA